AUGAGAUGUUAGAUCCCAAACUGGCAGGGACAUCUUGCCCAGCCCCUCCUUGGAAAGUGGAGGUGCCUUCCUGCUCUUCUGGCCAGUCUCAUAUGGGAGGGGACAGAGGGCUCCACUUUUGGGGGCCCUGGACACUGCUGCCAGAAGGCACUUCCCGGCUGUGGGACCCUGCUGCCUCAGGGUCCUCACCUCCCCGAGGGCCCUCCGUAGUGCACCUGGGCUGUGGGAGGGCCUGCUGCCGCUGGAACCGCGGUGAAUGUCGGAUGUGUGCCCAAAAAGGUCAUGUGGAACACGGCGGUCCACUCAGAAUUCAUUCAUGAUCAAGAGGAUUAUGGAUUCCAGAGCUGUGAUGCCAAGUUCAAUUGGCGGGUGAUCAAGGAGAAGCGGGAUGCCUAUGUCAGUCGCCUGAACACCUUCUAUCAAAAUAACCUCACCAAGUCUGAAAUAGAAAUCAUUCGAGGCCACGCAGCCUUCACAAGUGACCCUGAGCCCACUGUGGAGGUGAAUGGGAAGAAGUACCGUGCUCCGCACAUCCUGAUUGCCACUGGGGGAGUCCCAGCCCUGCCCACUGAAGACCAGAUCCCUGGUGCCAGCUUGGGAAUGACCAGCGAUGGCUUCUUCCAACUGGAAGAUUUGCCAAGGCGCAGUGUGAUCGUGGGCGCUGGCUACAUUGCCGUGGAGAUCGCCGGCAUUCUGUCAGCCCUGGGCUCCCACACAUCUCUCAUGAUUCGACAGGACAAGGUACUUCGAUCUUUUGACACAUUAAUUAGUUCCAACUGCACCGAAGAGCUGGAGCACGCCGGCAUUGAGGUCCUGAGGUACUCCCAGGUCAAGGAGGUGAAGAAGACCUCCUCAGGCUUGGAACUGACCGUGGUGACGGCCAGGCCCGGCGGGAAACCUACCUUCUGCACGGUCUCCGACGUGGACUGCCUGCUGUGGGCCAUCGGGCGCACCCCAAACAUCCAGGGCCUGAACCUGAACAAGCUGGGCAUUCAGACCGACGACAAGGGGCACAUUGUGGUCGACGAGUUCCAGAACACCAACAGGAAGGGCAUCUACGCCGUUGGGGAUGUGUGUGGAAAAGCCCUUCUGACUCCAGUCGCAAUCGCUGCUGGAAGGAAACUUGCCCACAGACUUUUUGAAUGCAAAUUGGACUCCAAACUAGACUAUGAAAACAUCCCAACUGUCGUCUUCAGCCACCCACCAAUUGGCACAGUGGGACUCACAGAAGAUGAAGCCAUUUCUAAAUAUGGAAAAGAAAAUGUGAAGAUCUACCUGACUUCCUUUACCCCUAUGUACCACGCGGUGACAAGAAGGAAAACCAAGUGUGUGAUGAAGCUUGUAUGUGCCCAAAAGGAAGAGAAGGUGGUGGGUAUCCACAUGCAAGGGAUUGGGUGUGAUGAGAUGCUUCAAGGCUUUGCAGUGGCUGUGAAGAUGGGGGCCACAAAGGCCGACUUUGACAACACUGUGGCCAUCCACCCAACCUCUUCUGAAGAGCUGGUCACACUCCGCUGAAAGAGGAAGACUCUUGGGGACCACUGCCAGAGGCCAGACACCACUUUUCUUGUACCUAUUUUGUAGACUGUUAAUUUUAGUCAAGUUCUGUUAUGGUCAAAACACUUUUCAGUAAAUAGUAGAUGUGAUUUCUGUAA